GCAAUACAGCAAGUUAUCCCAGCCUCACAACCAUACACAACAAACAAACAGGAAGGCCUCAAUAGCAUCAUAAAAAAGUGGAACGAAGGCAGAAUCCUGGACUUGGACCAUUUUAUUAUAGAAAUAAAGGAACUGGUGAGUAGUCAACAAGUUCAGGUCAGUCGAGCUCUUCACGGCCAGUUCUCUAAAUACACAAGAGUAAGCCGGGUUGAAAGUACUCCUGACAAUGGUGACAGUACUCUCGACAAUGAUGACCGUGUUCAUGUUGCUGAUUCUGAACCAAUAGAUGAUUUUGGCGAUUUAGAGCCAUUACAACAAUGCUUUACCAAGAGCCAUUUAAACAACAUCAUACAUAAAAGUGACAUUCUUAUAGAGAACAAUCAUGUACAAGAAUUUCCACCCAAUUCCUAUGUUGUAAAAAGUGAGACUGUUGGUGUGCACUUCAUAGAAAGGUGCAAAGAUUCAUUUAAAUGCCCCUGCCCAUCAUUUUCAAAUAGAAAAUUUUGUGCACACGUCCUUGCAGUGGCUCGGACAAACAACAUGGUCACAAGUCAAGUACGCAAGUGUUUAUACUUCACACCAAAUCUCUCAAAAUUAGACGAAGUAAAAACGCAAAAUCGCAUGGGAGGGAAAUCCAUUAAAAAACAAUACAAAAAAAUAAUACCAUUCUCCCCGGAAAAGCCUAUUGUAGAAACUGAAAGUCAAAGUCAAUCAAGUCAAAGUAGUCAGCAUGUGAGAAACCUCUGCAGCGAGAGGGGAAAACCGUGGCGACUGUCAAAUGAGCCAUGGUUUGCUCUAAAGAGGGUGGAUACCAGAGCAAGAAAGUGUGCAGGUUGCAAAUCACCAUUUAGCUCAGAAUAUAUCAUUUUAAAGCACAAGGAAAAAGAUUUUCUUGCUGGAACUGAUAUCGUUACCCCCGUAGCAGGUAACAGGUAUUAUCAUUUAAACCAAAUAUGUGUUCAACUAAGACACGGGAACUAUUACGCCAUUGAACAAUUAAUGUCUGAAAACUUGUCCGAGAAGGAGGUUGAGAAUGCAAAUAGCAAAAUGUGCUAGAUAUUGACCAGUGAACCAGCUGUUAAAUGCGUAACAUAUAAAUCUUAUCUUGAAACGUCAAUUGAACAGUUGCAAUAAUCUACCCAAUCACGUGGGUAGCCCAUUGUCUGAUUGUGGUUUCCUUACUUUUAAAAUUAGUAAACAGUGUACUUUAGCGUUUGAAAGUCAAUAAUACCACACUCAGAUUUUAACUUAAGUGUCAUGGUCAGAAACUCAUACAAUGGUUUGUAACUACAUGUAGUAAUCUAAGUCUAAUGAGUAAUGUGGACUUAUUUAGGUACGAUUUUAUUACUUUUACAUCUUUUUUGACACAGGCUGUUACAGUGUUACAUUGCUAAGUGUCUUCAUUCAUUCAGACAUACUAUGAUUAUUUUGCCUUCAUAUAGAUGUUUUUGCAUACUAGUAUAUUGUCUUCAUAUACAGCUCUUAGUCUGGAUGUAGAGUGCCAUAAAAACUAAAAGGAAGAGUUACAGAUGAAUGAUACUUGUAAACUAGGUUGCACACUAUACUGUAUACAUGUAUAUGGAUGUCCAUUCUGAGGUU